AUGGGACCUUAUACCCCCGGCUCCGGUGGGACAGACAAUGGAGAAAAUGACCGGGACAAUCUGUUAAGACCGGUGAAUUCUCACGAUGAGCAACCUGAGUCGUCUACUCUAUCGGAAUCACAAGCGCAGCGUUUGAUAGAUACAUCGACGGCACCUGCCUCGCUAGAGCGGCCGUCACAGACCAGGCAGCUGCGGUCCAACAAGUGGCAGCUGAUAUUUGACCUCCUCAGUGCUAUCUCUGCCUUGCCUUUUGUGGCUUUAGCUCUGGUUGCCAUCGUCUAUAAUUCGAGGUCGGUAGAUGAACAUGACUGGGAUGAUCUCCAGAUCGCAAUGAAGACGUCGGUCACAAUAUUCCCUUUAAUAUUUUCGGCCGUAAUCGGCCGUGCCAUACGGCAGAUUGCUAAACAAAAUCUCGAACGUGGAUCGACUCUCGGAAGACUUGAGCAGUUAAGUAAAAGUACGACGGUAUUCGGUGCCAUCUCAACACCGUUAAUGCUGAAGUCCUGGAACAUCUUGGGCCUCGUACUCGUGCUCAUCUGGUUGGUCUCUCCCUUGGGUGGGCAGGCGUCACUAUAUCUUAUAAGCCCACAGAGUCUUGAACACGUCGAGCAGCAGGAAGUGCAAUAUCUUGACAUUAAUGGCCUCUCCAAGGCCCCAAGCCUAACUUCAUUCCCGAGGCUUACAGACGCCUUGGAGGCGAUGUUUCUGGCCUGUCUGAUCGCGCCGGUAAGUGUGAAAGAGGCUUACAGUGAUGCCUGGGCCAAUGUCAAGAUCCCCUUACUUCGAAGUCUUGUUCGGAAUAAUACAGCUCAGAGUGAAGGAUGGUUUGAACCCGCAGGCAAUAACAUCACUUAUUCGUCACUUGUCGGAGUACCGAUGUUCGGGAUAUCAGCGAGAGGCAACAGCACCUUUCAACUACAGACAUCUUACAUUGAUACAGACUGUUUUGAACUCGGCGAGGCACCUGAUGACCUCAUUUACAAGUAUAAUGGCCAGAAUGGCCAGUUCCGGAUCUAUCCAGCGGCCCCGUGGAAUGUCACCCGGUCCGUAAAUGCUUCAGUUGCACCCGACAUACACGUGCUUUCGGGGUACGGAAAGGAGGCUACAAAUGGCGCUCUGAUAACCUGUCAUCUGACAAACGUGUAUGUCGAGUUGAAAGUGCUUUGUUCUGGAUCCAACUCCACAGCCCAAUCUCAACGCAGCUGCAGGGUGACAGCCAUCCGGGAGAGUGUCGAACCACAUCAGUCUUCAUCCCUGCCGCCGUUGAUGUAUCCGGACUUUAGUGUUUGGGAUACCUUUGCACAGGGUCUGGUGAAUGCCUCUCUGUCAGUGAAUAGGAAACUCGGGACGUACACCGAGGCAUAUCUUCAAAAUAUUGACGCGACCGAAACACUGCCGCUACCAAAAUACCUCUUGAAAACGCCUGUGAACGAUAUAUCCGACCAUCUCACUCAAAUCAUGAACACGUUUUACUUGGGCAGUAUUGCUUUGCCCUUCGUUACCCUGGGGCCUAAACUUCCCUCUCAGGGCAACUACUCCAAAUAUUCCGAGGCUUAUGAGGCCUUCGAUCGCUCUUCAUUAGCCAGUGUACUAGCUGAAAGAGCCUAUCGGGAUGCAACUGCUACAUACGUUGUGAACUGGGGAUGGGUGGCUGUUCUCUUAUUGGCAAGUCUAAUGCUAAUUGCAGCAUCUGUUGUGAGCUUUUGGGUGGGACGGCAAAGCCUAAACCCCGACAUUAUUGGAUAUGCUUCAACUCUGACCCGCGACGCUCCUUACCUACCGCUUCCUUCAGCGGCAAGCACGCUGAGUGGAUUCGAACGUGCACGGUGGUUGAAAGAUGUUCAAAUUCGGUUUGGUGAUGUCCAACCGGAAUCUACAGUUGGCAGAUUAGCCAUUAGCACUCCGGACUUGGCUGACAGGUCACGCAAAGGCAGGCUCUACUUGUGA